AUUGGCAAUCGCAGUUGGUAGUGUGAUAUUUUUUUGCGUUUUAUCUUUAUAGGGUCCGGUGGCAGUCGCUUCUUGCGUCCAAGCUCGCAUUGGGCGGGAUCGCGUACUCGACUGGUUGUUGUCUGUGGCUGUUCGAAUCUUUGAAUCUUCGGUAUUCUCGAUUCUUGCUCGUCAUUGAGUCAGUUCGAUUCUAGUCUUUCGCAGCACGCGAUAUAACCGAUCACCGAGCGGCUGACGCGCUUUCAAGUCCACGUCUAAGAACAACGUCGAAAUGUUGCGCCUUGCAGGAAUAUUCUUGCUGAUUUGUCUGCACGUUACGGGGUCUCCUUUUGACGACAUACCUACCAAUCCGAAUUCUGAGGAGUCCGAAACGAGCAAUGAUACUGACCAGUUUAAAAGUUCCAAUGAUAUCAUCUAUGUCGUGAUAAUCAUCGCGACUAUAAUCGUGAGUGGAUUGAUAUGCUGUCUCUAUUGUCGCUUUUGUAACCAAAACAGUUACGGUGGAAGUAUCGCAUUUUCUUGCAAUGAAGUCAAAUGUUCAUUUGAUAUUUUCAAACCAAGAAGACAUGAUCGACUUCUAAAUGAGGAGCAAGAAGUUUCUUUAGACUUAGAACCUCAGGACACAUCAACAUCCUUAUAAAGCACGCGUUCAACAAGUAAAUGCAGUUCUCGAAAAUUGCAUCAUUGACAGAUGUCAGUUGUAAAAUUAUGUACCUGUAAUUUUUGUGGCUGUAUAUAUAC